AUGGCGGUCACCGCAUUUCCCUCCGCGGACUCGCCCGACCUCACUCUUCUCAAUGUGGCCCGACUCUUCACUCGCCUCGAACAUAACCUCCUCUCACCUGGCUCGGAGCUCCAGACGCUGCGCAAGUCGGAAUUCCAACACCUACGCAUGACGAAGAAUGUCGAAUACGCCCGCACUCUACUCUCCCAGCUAGAACGUUCGCUCCCGCAACUAAAGCCCUUAGACCGGCGACACGAGGCACAGACGGAGAUUGCACGGGAUCGAUUGCUUCUCAAACGGCUCCAGAGCGUCCUCGACGAUGCAGAGAUACGCCACGCUGACAGCGACGAGGAUGAGGCCGCCGCUGCCGACGACGAAUGGAAGGAGCUCUUCAGCAAACCCAUCAGCACAGCGGGGGAAUCCACGCCGUCGCCAACACCAGCCCAGCCCUCAGCAAACCGCGCACAAGAUGAGAAGCAAGCUGCACCAGCACCACCAAUCACACCCACAAUACCCUCCACGACGGCGCCUUCAGCAUCAAUAAGAACCUCCGACCCGACGCCCACCUCCACGCUCCGCAAUCGCAUCCCUGGCACCCCAAGCUCGCAUAACCCAACCCAAGUACCCACAACCAGCCACAGCACCUCCGCCCAGCCCUCUUCCAAUCCACCCCCAGCCCUCAAUCCCAAACAGUCCACUACAGAAGGGGCCCUCAGCGCCGCCCGCCUCGAACAAGAAGACCUCACCAACUCCCUCCUCUCGCUCGCCAGCCAACUCAAAGCCUCGUCACAGUCCUUCCAAGCAACCCUGGACAAUGAGAAGUCCAUCUUGGAUCGGGCCGUGUCAGGCAUCGACAAGACCAGCUCCACCAUGGAGGCAGCCGGCCAGCGGAUGGGCAUGUUGCGGCGGAUGACGGAGGGCAAGGGCUGGUGGGGGCGGAUGAUGCUGUAUGCGUGGAUUUUCGGUCUGUGGGUAGUGGCCGUGUUGAUUGUGUUUAUUGGGCCGAAGUUGAGGUUUUGA